CUCAACCAUAGUCAAACGAAGAAAGUGUCUUUUGUUUGUUUUCAUCGAUUUCACUUGCCUAUUCGCGGACUCAACAUGGAUACUAAACGUGGUUGCGUGGCGUGGAUAGUACCCGCAGUUCUACUGGUGGUGGCGCAGCAGGCAACCAGCCAGGGCACAGAUUGUGUGAGCAGUCAGUGUAUCUCAAUUCGAGAAUGUCCAGCUCUGCUAAGUCUUUUACAAGAUCCUACACGAAGCAAUAUCAAGAAGCUACAAGAUGCCACCUGCUUUAUCAGGAACCGGGAACCUAUGGUAUGCUGUCCAUCUACAACUACAACUGAGACACCUACACUUCCCACAAAGUCUCUACUUCCAGAAAAUUGUGGACAUAGUGCCCACUUGAACAGAAUUGUUGGUGGAGAAGUAGCCCCACUGGAUGCAUACCCAUGGAAGGCUGUUCUAGGAUACAGAGAUAGUGGAUUACCUAGCACUGAAUUUCUCUGUGGGGGUUCAAUCAUUAAUGAGAGAUAUGUUCUUACUGCUGCCCACUGUGUAGAUCCUGGUACACUUGGCACACGGAGAUUGGAAGUAGUUCGACUGGGCGAAUGGGACCUCACCACCGCAGAAGACUGUGAAAGUACAAAUGGCGGUGGGCUCUUCUGUGCUCCUCCAGCUCAAGAUUUCGAGGCUGAGGAAGUUAUUGCUCAUCCCUCGUACAACACUCGUGUGCGUUUCUCCGAUGACAUUGCACUCAUUAGGCUCAACAGGCCCAUUAACUUCCAGGAAUCAGCAGGAUUUGUGUUGCCUGUGUGCCUGCCUCCAUCUGACUUCUCCCCACGUACAGCAGCUGGUAACAAAUCUGCAAUUGCAGCUGGAUGGGGCUUCACUGAAACUGGCGCUGCAAGUAACAAAAUUAAGCAUGUAAAGCUGCCCUUGAUUGACAAUACUGAGUGUAGUCAGGUCUACAGAGGCAGUAUAGUCGGUGAACAGCUCUGUGCUGGCGGUAAUGCUGGUGAAGACUCUUGCAGUGGAGACUCAGGUGGUCCCUUGGUACUUGCCGGUACUUUUGGUCCUCCUUACCAGCAGAUUGGCAUUGUCUCCUAUGGUCCUGUCAAUUGUGGCCAGCAAGGAGUACCUGGUAUCUACACCUCUGUAAGCAAAUACAGGACAUGGAUUGAACAAAACUUAAAGCCAUAAGUUCUUAGCUGACAGGGAUUUUAGUUCAACAGUAUUGAGAGGCUAGUAAUGAAGGUAAACUGACUGAAAAUAGUGAUGAUAGUAUGUUGUACUUCAAAAAAAUGAUGGACUUUUGAGAACAGCAGUAUAUUUUUGUUUGGAAAGUAUAAUUUUAUUGUCUGCAUUUUAUUAAUACUGUAGUUGAUAUGCACUCAGGAAAUAAAAGUGGUCAAAGGAAAUAAUUGGCAGCUUCAUAGAUUUUUGAAAAUUCACUCUUGAAAGAUUAGGAAAAUUAAACUUCAUUAUUAGGUUGAUAGUAAUUUUGCUUUAAUAGCUGAUUUAAGGCUUAUACCUCUUUGAUACAUUCCUGGAAAUUAAAACAGUAUUACAUAUUCACCAUUUGACUGUUUUCAUAAAGAUUAUUCCAUACUUUCUGAAAUUUGAAUAUUGGAAUUGAGAGUACAUGGUGCUAGCUAGGAGCCUCAUACAUCCAUAAUUAUAUUUAUAAUUCUUUCAAAAGAUGAUAUUCAUUUGUAGUGCAAAUAUUCCCUAUAAAAAAAAUAUAACACAUGUCUUAGAUGUGAGGUUUUAUUGUAAUGAAAAUGAGACUGACAGACUGUGAUCUGUUAAAUCAUAUAAGAAAAUGUGUUAUGGAGACAAAAUUACUAAACUCAAGAUGCAAUCUAUCGUGAAUAAGCAUGUACUGCAUUAUUAAGUGUUAAUAUAACCUUUCAUUGACUGCAGUGUGAGAUUUAAGCAUGGGUUUAAUAUUUUUGUUAUACAAUUGGUUACUUGUGAUAAUUACAAGUGAUGAAUGUGAAAGAUUGAUCUAAUACAGAUUAAGUUGCAGAUAGGUAUGAUGUAUAAGAAUGUGAAUUAUUGAUAAUGCCUUCAUUUAUUAAGAAUGCUCUUGGUUGUUCAAAUGAUACCUGAUAUUUCAUAAAUAGUUUUGUCUAUGUAUGUAUUUAUAUUUAAUAAAAUUGUUCCUUUUA